UCCCUGCUGUAGUAUCUGUAUUCGAUCAGUACUAAACUCCUCCAAGCAUUAGAACAAAUUGUGAUUCUCCUGAUUCAUGCCGAGAUUCGACAUUCGGCAGGUGGGCACGAUGCCCGCGAAUACCGCUGGUCUGUGGAAGAGGGUCACUUUCCUGCUGGCCCUUCCGGCCAUCGUCCUGUGCGCCGUGAACGCCUUUUCCGGGCACAAGCACCACGAUCGGGAGCCGUUCACCAAGUACGAGUACCUGAGGCGCAGGACCAAGCGGUUCCCCUGGGGCGAUGGCAAUCGCAGCUUGUUCCACAACGCCGAGGUCAAUGCUCUGCCCGAGGGUUACGAGGAUGAGGUCCAGGAAGAGGAGUAGUCCCAUAUCUUUUUUUUCUAACACACUGCUUGAACACCCUUUUUUGGUAAAAAGAAUUUGUGGAUUUGUGGUUAUUAUAAUACAGUUGGCCCAUCGUUUGCAUAUUCUUUGCAAGUAAUAAAUUAAUCAUUGAGAUCUGA